CCCUGUCCAACUAUCACAACCACUGGUUUCGUCUGUCCCACAUUUCCCGUGAAGCCCUGUGCCCGACUCUCAACCAUCUCCAGUCGCUGCGACUGUCCAACUGUUGUCCCAACAUCAACAGUUAACUUCCCCUGCGAUGGACCACAUCCGACGGACUGCCAACUGACUAUACACAUCUUCGAAACUGUCAUCCCAACCAACCCUCCUCUCCCAACGAUCUGCCCUACAGUAACCAAGACAACAUCAGUCUGUAGUACCUGUAUUCGACCCCUGUGCUUGGGAAUCUCAACCAUCUACAACUUGUGUGGCUGUCCGACCGCAGUUCCAACCACCACCGUUGGAUUCCCCUGCGGUGUGGGAUGUCCCGGAGGGUGCGCCGGUACUGAAUACAUCUACGCGUCAAACACGCCAAGCUGCAGCCCAUCGGCAUACAUCAAUUAA